GUGACAUUGAGACUCGGGAUGGGGCAUGGUCUAGGCUGGGCUAAGGCUGGGACAGAGCUAGGAUAGGAUGGGCUGGGGGCUGGUGCCGGGCUUGGCUGUGUACUGGGCUGUGCAGAACUAGGGGUAGGAUCUGAGUGUGUUUAUAUAGCCCAGGCAAACCCGCUCUCUGGCCCAUUCCCUCUAAGCCAGAGAAUACAACCCUACCAGGACCGCUGGCAAGGGAUUGUUUAGCAUUUAACGAGAGAGAGAGAGAAAGAGAGAGCGAGAGACAGAGAGAGAAAGAGAGAAAACAGAGAGAUAGAGAGAGAGAGUGAUAGAGUCAGAAAAGGAACAUACACAUAUAGAGGAAGCCAGAGAGAUAGAGUGGUCAACAGAGACACAUAGGAGGAAAGAUAGAGAGUGAAAGAAAGAGAAAGAGGUAGAGAGAGACAGAGAGAGAAAGAAAGAGGAGAGGAGGGGAAAUAGCUCUGAGAUAUUUAACACACACUCCCACAUUUACCUCUCUCUCAACAUACUCACAUUUACCUCUCUCUCAACAUACUCACACACAUUGCGAGACAGAGAGAAAGCAGACAAAACUCACCACACAAAGUCUCUGACAGGUAGAUAGACCUCAACACAGACAGACAGACUCUCUGAGACAGACGGACGGCAGGCAGCAUGUUUCUGCGGUGGCUCCCCCAGGCAGUGUGUCUGGUGUCCGUGUGUGUGUCGCUGACUCUUGGGUACGAAGACGAUAUCGAGGUGAACUAUGGAGACAGCUACUACAACGAGAUCACAGAGGGAGAGCCACUGGAGCCCACAGCUACCCCAGCCCCAGGACCCUGUAAGGCUACAGACAUGACUAAAUGGGACAAGCUCUUCUCCAUGCUGGAGAACUCUCAGAUGAGGGAGAACAUGCUUCUGCAGUACUCCGAUGACAUCAUCAAGGUGGAGUUGGGGUCGCUGCGUGGAGAGAUGCUAAGGUUCGUGGCUCAGUACGGAGGGGCCUGUGGCGUUGCGGUGGAGACCGCUGGGCGGAGGAUGUCCAUGCAGAUGGAGGCUCGCCUCAGGGAGAGCAUGGAGCAUCUCAGACAGGAUCGAAGCACUGCUGCUGACAAUUCAGCUGGGAAUAGCCAUCAGGAAAAGCUGUUACAGCAGCUUCUAACUGCUGCGAGGACACAGGCUGUCCGACUUAUCAAGCUGGAAAACAGCUGCCUGAGUAAUCUAGAGGCUACGGGGGAAAACUUGCAGCAGGAAGUGGCAUCAGCAGAGAUGCUGGUUGCCGUGGUGACAGAGCUGGCGAAGACGAGGGCAGUGCUAGAGCUCGCGCUCAAGUCGGCACAGCAACGACACCUGCCUGCAGGCUGUGAGACCGCUCUUCUCUUCCCUAUGCGUUCCCGUCGCAUCUUCUCAUCAGUGACACCAGACCUCCCUCUCUCCCUCUCUUCCUUCACCGUGUGCCUGUGGGCCAAGCCCGUCUCCGUCUCCAACAGAACCGUGCUGUUUUCCUACGGAACCAAACGGAACCCCUAUGAGAUACAGCUCCUUCUUAGCGGAACAAGGGCUCUCUUCACAGUGGGAGGAGAGGCUCACCUGGUGGAGGCACGGGGCGUGGUGAAAGGAGGAGGAGUUUGGACCCACCUAUGUGGGGCUUGGAGCUCUGAGCAGGGCAUAGCGUCACUAUGGGCCGAUGGACACAGAGUGGCAUUCACACCCGGGGUGGCCGAGGGCCACAUGUUACCCGAUGGAGGCUCACUCCAGCUUGGGCAGGAGAAGAAUGGCCUUGGGCAGGAGAAGAACGGUGGUGUGGUCUCUGGAGGGUCAGGUGGCAGUGAGAGUCAGAUGCCUGGGUUUGAGGGAGGCUUCGAUGCCAAGUUGGCAUUCGCUGGGAAGAUGACGGGGGUGAACAUGUGGGACCGUGUGCUGACAGAGGAGGAGAUAUCCCAGCUGGCUUUGCAGGACGGUGAGGGGUGUGAGCAGAGGGGGAAUGUAGUUGGGUGGGGCUUGACGGAGAUCGUGCCUCACGGGGGUGCUCAGUUCAUCAACUAACUCUGAUGACGUUUUCAUCAUCAUCAUCAUCGUUUAAAUCAACUCUACAUCUUCAUCAUCAUAAUCCUCAUCAUUUAAAUGAACUAUCAUCAUCUUCAUCAUCAUCAUAAUCAUCAUCAUUUAAAUGAACUAUCGUUUUCAUCAUUUAAAUGAACUAUCAUCAUCUUCAUCGUCACCAUUAUAAACUAACUCUGCUGCCCUAAGACCUGCAGUGCAGAACAGCCUGACCAGCUGAGACUGCAACAACAAUGUGAACAUGAACAACAACAACAGCUCUCUUUAAUGGCUUAAGAGACUGGAGAAGAAUGUGUCCUGUUAGAGGAGUGUUACCCAUUUAGAGAAGCAGUGGUAACACACACACACACACACACACACACACACACACACACACACACACACACACACACACACACACACACACACACACACACACACACACACACACACACACACACACACACUUGGUGAGAAGCAUUAGUGUACAUAGUCUAAGGAGGAGAAGUGGAACAAACAUCAUUUACCACAGAUUUAAAGAGAAAAAAGUAAAGGAAAGAACAUAGGCGAGAGAGACAAAGAGCUCAUUGUGUGGAAGGAGAGAUGCAUUGGGUCAACUGUCACAAAACCAGUCUGAAAGUGUCAUCACUCGAUGGCCAUGUUAGAGAGGACAAAAUUUGCUAUAUCAUCAGCAGUAUUUUGCAAGUAUGUUAGCUGUUUGUUAUUAAUGAAGUGUUAGGGUUUCGGGGUAAGGUAAAUUCAAAAGGGUUGAGGUUUGGGUUAGUUGUUAAAGUGGAAUUUUUGGCUAAAAAAACACUUUACCUUUUGUCCUCUCUAGCAUGGCUACGUAGUGACAACUAUCUGCAAGCUGCCAUAGGAGGUUUUAAUCAUUCUAUUACCUUAUAGUCUUAUGUUUCCGGCAAAAAUUAAUAUUUUUUUCAAUCAUUGUUUCCAACUUUGUAUUUAUCAAAGUGUUUACAUUCAGAUGUGACAAACAUAAUAUUUUUGUUGUUUUGUGUUUUGCUUAGUUUUCCAUACACCCAGAGGAGUUUCCAUUCAUCCAGAGGGAUUUCCAUACAUCCAUAGGGGUUUCCAUACAUCCAUAGGGGUUUCCAUACAUCCAUAGGGGUUUCCAUACAUCCAGAGGGGUUUCCAUACAUCCAGAGGGUUUCCAUACAUCCAGAGGGUUUCCAUACAUCCAGAGGGGUUUCCAUACAUCCAUAGGGGUUUCCAUACAUCCAGAGGGUUUCCAUACAUCCAGAGGGUUUCCAUACAUCCAUAGGGGUUUCUAUACAUCCAGAGGGGUUUCUUCUCCUUGAAAUGGGUGCCAAUGGAUGAUGCAAUAAGAUUACUUAGUACCUGUUUGUUUCGCAUCUCUUUUGAGACAGAAACACUUGAUUUGAAAAGCGGAACUGUGGACAAUGUUUACAGAAUCUGUUACAACGAUCUCUGCUCUUUGUUAACGUAGUAGGCAAUGUGUAUCAUAUUGUUUUGUGUUUUUGUCAAGAAGUAAAAAUGAAUGUAUUUUGUAUAUAAAUAUUUUUGGCAUCCAGUAUGACUAAAAUUGGAGAAUAAACGAGAAUAAAAUGACAUGUUAACAUUAA